GCGAAAGCAAGUAUUAAACUUUUAAGGCGUAGAGAUUUUGACUAACGUUUUGAUAACUUAGAAAUAUAAUAGAGUAAACUUUUAAGUUUUAAAGCGCGGUCUUCACUGCUUUGCUCGAGAGAUAUGGAGAAAAGUAGGAACUCGCUGAUGCUGCGGUGGUCGGUGUUGCCGCUGCUGUGGUUUCUCCUGCCGGGAUUCACCGUCGCCAACAAUCUCCACACUUUGUCCUGCAGCCCCGACAUGUACUUCAAGGGCGACCGCGACCUCAAGGCAGGAAUUACGGCAGUGCUUCAGAAUCUGGUUCAGAACACGGCGGCUUCCAAUCCCCUGCCGACGAAGUUCCAAUACCCUGCCGACGAUCCUCACGUCUACGGCGCUGCCUUCUGCCGGUGGCCGGAUGAACCAGAGGCCUGCGGGCAGUGUCUCAGGAUGGCGAGAAAGAUUGUUCUUCAUGGAUGUUACCACCGCGCCGGCGCUGAAUUCCACAACAAGCUUUGUUACUUGAGAUUUGAGUUCUACAACUUCAUGGAUGUUACAAUUUAAGGACUGAAUUUACCUGCAGCAACGUGAUCUAGCAGCACUGUUCUCUGUUUUUUUCCAUUGCUGUACUUUGGGAAUUAGUGCACUAUGCUUAUGUAACCAUUUGCUAUUGUGGUUAAUAAGAAGAAAAAAAUGUGGUGACCCAAAUAAAGUUUUACCUUUGAAAUGGUGAAUACAAGUUUGAUUUCAAAAUUUUGUCAAAAUUUUUAGUCAAAAUUCAGGGAACGUAAUGAACUCAUUUUGCCACAGAUCAUCUCUUAUCACAACGUAAAUCACGCUUAAUACGUCCCUGGGGAUGUAUGUGAUCAAAGUCACGCAGCUAACGACUCAAUCGAAGAAUCGAUUGAGCUCGAAUCAAGAACGAAGCGUUCUUAAUACGAACUUGGAUAAAACGGAACCAAAAGUGUAAUUCCACACCUGGGGGAAAGGCUCGAUUGGUAUAAUGAUAGAUGCCCGGCCACGAUCAACGCGUUCUUGAUCGAAACUAGAGCUCAACGAGCUUGGAAUCCACCAAAGCUCACACAAGUACGCAAACUUGCAAAAACCCAAAGGUUUCGAUUUCUAUUCAACAAAGUCUGAGUUUACAACGUAAAAGAAGCUUUAAAUAAACCUAAGCUACGUCUAACAACUAAAAAGGAAGUCUAAACACAAUCUAACUCGAAAAGGAAUCAAAUCUAACAAUCAUAGUUGAAUAAGGAAAGAAGAUCCUGUUUUACAAAGGCGGAAAUUCUGUUAUUUCGUACUAACUUCGCGCCUUUUGUUCGAGGCCUUCCAGAACUCCAAUAUUUCAUCUCAUUCCUUCCCUUGGUAGAUAAACAUACCUAGUUUCAUUUUGUGCAAGCCUUUGGACUUGAAUAAGAUCCAUACUCCUCGAAUUAAGCUCCAAAGCAGGCUUCACAAAACAGUUUUCUGCCUUGGUCAUUUUCUGGCAGUUUUUCAGUUUUGAGGUAGCAACUUUGAGGCCUUUGAAAACAACCUUAAUGACAUCUUCUGGAACCAUAAAGCAUACCAUUGGAAAGAUGGUAACUUGAUCUGAAAAACAACCCCUUAAAACUGAAUUUCCACCAAGUCAAUUGCGAGAACCAUGCCUCCAAAGUAUGUACCUUGACACUGUUCCAACACUUAACCAAAUUCUGCCCUUCUUCUUCCCAACUUUGAUAGCUUCUUCGGCAAGUAAUAAAAACAUGUCGAGUUGGCCAUUUGGGAUCAUAUCAACGCUCAUGCAAAACUUCAUGAAAAAUACCUAGGAUGGAGGCAGUGGCGUAGCCAGGAUUUCAUUCAAGGGUGUGCAUGAAAAUAAUUUUUGAACAAUAACUCAUGAUGCGAUCGCUUGUUUGAUAUAAUAAAAUUAUUUUAAAACUACAUAAUUGUCCAAACUAUGAAGAUUUGCUCUUAAUAUUAUCCCAACAAAUAAUCAUUCACAAAUUUUUCAAUUAAGUCGAAGGCUGGUCAAUCGUUUCAUUACAGAAAACUUUAUAUCGAUAUGUAUUUUUUUGUUGUUGAUAAUAUCAACAUCUAUAUUGACAAAAGGUAGUAGCAAACUAAACCAAGUUUCACAAGCAAAUAUAUUGAUGAGAACCAAUUUUCUCUUCCGACUAUCGUUAUCAUGAAAGGUUCAAUGAUUUCCUCUAAUAAUUUGCAUCCUCUUAUUCAUUUUAAUAAACUAGACUAUAUUAAUAUAGAAAUUCGUAGGUAGAAUUAAUUUAUAUAAUUGAUUGUGAUUGAAUUGUAAAAAUUUAACAAUUGAUACUAGAUUUGGGUUCAAAUUUCAUUAUGAGUAAUAUUUACUCAACUAAGAUUUGCAAGUGUUCCCCUAAAUCAAGGGUGUGCCAUGACACCCCUUCCAACCUUGUAGCUCCGCCCCUGGAUGGAGGUAGUAUGUGAAAAGUUGGAUUAAGGUUGGUUCUGGUGUGAGAAAUUAUGGGAAGACGGAUGGGUCUCGGAUAUGGUUGAUGUAUCUAUCCUCCAUUAAUAUAUGGAAGAAUUUUGU